AUGGGCGAGGGCCGGGCCAUGGAAAUGUCCUUGAGGUCAAAGAACAAGAUGGUUUUUGUAGAUGGCACUAUGGAGAUCCCAAGCAGAACAGAUGUUCGUUACUUCUAUUGGGAUCAAUGUAAUACCAUGGUCUUGUCCAGGAUCCUUAGAGCUGUGUCACCUACCAUUGGAAGGAGUGUUCUUUGGAUCAAUACAGCAGAGGGAAUCUGGAAAGACUUGAAGAAGAGAUUCAGUCAGCAAGAUGUCUUUCGCAUUGCAGAAAUACAGGCAGAGAUCUAUCAAAUAAAGCAAGGUAACUCAUCUGUUAAUGAUUACAUCACUCAUCUGAAGCUUCUUUGGGAUGAAUUGUCUGUUUUAAGACCUACUCCUUCGUGUGAAUGUUCACCAAGGUGUGAAUGUGGAAGGAAAUUGGCUGAAAAGAGUAGGGUAUAUUUAGAAAAUGAUAUGUUGUCUGCUUUUCUCAUUGGAUUGAAUGAAAAUUUCUCCAACACCAAGCGUCAAAUAAUGCUAAUGAAGCCUUUGCCUGAUGUUGGAGAAGCCUUUGCUAUGGUCUCUCAACAAGAGAGGCAAGUAACGGAUGAACAAGGAAAUCUGGGAGAGAGUUUGUCAAGGGCAAGUGCCUUCUUCACAAAGUAUGAGAACUCAAGUAAAAGAUCCUUUUCUGGCCAAAAACAAAAACCAGUGUGUAGUUAUUGUGGGUACACUGGACACACCAUUGACAAAUGCUAUAAAAAGCAUGGGUAUCCUCCUGGCUGGAAAAGGAACAAGAACUCAGGGGCCGUUAAUCAGGUUCAGGCUGCUGUACAAGGGGAUGAUUCACCUCAGACCAUACCCUCUAUGCAUCAAGAAGACUUCAGGAGAUUUCUGGAAUUUAUGAAGUAUGAGAAAGCCAACAAUAGCUCUCCUCUCAGUGAUAAUUCUAUCUGUUCCCCCCAAGCCAAUGCCAUAGCAGCAAGUUUUGUUCCAGAUAGCAACUGGAAGGUAAAUCGAUUAAUCUUUGGUGCAACACACCACAUUUUCUGUGAUGUGAGUUUGUUGCACAACCCCAAAGAAGUUAAAGGAGUCCUAGUUGAUUUACCCAAUGGAAAUCAGGCUCAAGUUUCCCAUAUUGGGACUGCUCAACUGUCUGCUGACAUGGAUCAACACCAUGGGAAGAUGAUUGACAUAUGGAGACCUUAUCACACCCCCACAGUUUAUGGUCAUCAAUACUUCCUAACUUUGGUAGAUGAUUAUAGUAGAGCAACUUGGAUUUAUCUAAUGAGAAAGAAAAGUGAAGUCAGACAAAUUUUGCAGACUUUUUGUGAACUGGCUAAUGCACAAUUUGGAAGGCAGGUUAAGUGCAUAAGGUCAGAUAAUGGCAAGGAAUUUGCCAUGACAGAAUUCUUCCAAAGCAAAGGGAUUUUACACCAAGUAUCAUUGGUCUGCAGGGUUAGAUGUGAAAACUCAGCUUCUAGCAGAGGAAAGAUUUGUCAAAAAAUGCUUGAUUUGAGCAAAUAUGGAAGAGUAGAAGGGGUAAGAAGGAUGAUGAAGCACUACAUGAAGUUUGCAGACUGUAUGAUGUUGUUCCUAUUGAUACAUGAGGAAAAACAUGAGCCUUCAAUGGUGGAGUUGGAAUAUUUGGAACUAAGGCGAAAACUGAAAGAAAGAUUUCAUGAUAGAGCGGGUCACUAUGAUACCGUGAUGGAAGAGCUCAAAUCACAGCAAAAUGGAGAAACAGAGUUCAUAUUAGAAGAAACUGAAUUGGUUUAUUACAAGUG